UUAAGUUUCAAUUUAAAAUUUAUUAUCAAUGAAAUUCAUAUAGAUUCUUGACAACACAGACAUUCAUUCUUACUGGUCGUAUCUAUUAAAAGAUAAUACAGUACAAAGCCAAGAAACCAGUUACAGGGAGCUGGUCUUUGACAAUCUUUACAAAGAUACGUAUCAAGCUCGACAGACUAAGCGCAUAAAUAAUGAAAAGAACUCAAGCAGCCGCCAGUUGUCAAGAAUAAGAAUGGAGUUUACAGAAGUAGAUAACAUAAUGGUGUCAGGAUUGAAUACAUCGAUUGGAUCUUAUAUUGGUUCGUUAGCACGUAGAUCCUUGACUCAUGACAGGCAGUCAUAUUACUUUAAAGCAUGUGGUAUGAACGGAAUACUUGAUAUGUCUGACAAAUCCGCAGGAUCUCAAAUUCACGGCAUACAAGACCAUGUCCAAGAAAUUCGCCAAGCCUUGCAUACGUAUGAUAUAAAACUUAGUGAAUAUCCGGAGCUUACCAAGUACGACGAAAUUACAAAGGCACAAACAAUCCGUAAGCAAAUCAAGUACUUUAAAAAGUGUCUAAGUAAAACCCAAAAUUUGAAGGCUAAGGACAAACUAAUGAUCAUCAAGGACUCAUAUGAACAUGUUUUGAAGGUUCACCUUUUUCAUUCGUACCUGUUUAAUACACAAAAAGCAAAUACCAUUUCGGAGCAAGAUUACGUGAUUAAAAUUUGGUCGCCAUUAAUCGAAAUCAUGUUCCGUUCCUUGAACGAAUUUCCCCCGAUCAUCUGCCAUUGGGGAGACACAAGCUCUGAGGUCGUGAAGGAAGAUGGCAAAAUUAUACGUAUGGAUCUAAGACUGAUUGCUUCUGAAACUGAUGAAAAAACGGACGCUGCAGUGGUGAAAUUUGUCCCAAUAGUCUUCACAUCAUAGUAGUAUAAGAAUGCCAGUACUACGUCUACGCAGAUCCUUUUUGCUUUUGUUUUAUUCGUUCACCUGCUCCUCUUGUUCUAGACCGUCUUGAAUUUUAUGAUCUUCAAACAUAAGUUCUUCAAUAGUUUGAGACCAUUUACUAGAUAUGUCAAUCCAUCGUCUUUGAUUUCCUGCGCCAAGCAUGGGAACGUCAUGCUGUAAGCUACGUC